ACGCUCUGCUCCAUUUCUCCUGCAGGUUUGCACCGACGCCUGCUCAGCGUUGACCUGGCUGAGGAUUAGGGACACCAGCCACGAGUGGGGGACCCUGAGGCUGCUGCUCCCCAGAAGGUGCCAGGUCUGAGAGGGAAGGGGUGAUGCACCAGACUGCAGUUGCUGCUUGCUGAGCCUGAGGAGGAGUUUCGGCAGCACCCCGAUCCCGACAAGCAGCCCCCAGCCUUCGACUCCUGCUGGAGCCCUUGAGCGGAGGAGACAUUGAGCAAAGGCUGGGAGGGGUCAAGGGGCACGUCCUCCAGUCCUGACCCGGCGUCGAUUCCUGCCCUGACACCCCAACGACGCUGCUCUCGACCCCCUGGCAGCCCCCCCCAGGGCUGCCUCUCGCAGCGCUGUCCAGCCUUGGCCCCCAGCCCCGCUGGAGCGCGGCAGCCUGCCGGGCGCUGCCCCCCGGGCGCUGCCCCCCGGGUGCGUCGCCCCCCGCCCCCCCGGGGACCCCCCGCCCGCCGGCAGAGCCAUGAAGCUGCAGGCGGUGAUGGAGAACCUGCAGCGGCAGCAGCGCGCGCGGCUGCAGCAGGCGCUGGAAGCGCGGCAGCAGGAGCAGCAGCAGCAGCCGCGCUCCUCGUCUCCCCCGGCGCAGCCCCCGGGGCAGCCCCCCGCCGGCACCGCAGCCCGGGGCCGUGGGCAGGACCCGGCCCCGGCGCCCUCGGAGGAGGGAGCGGAGCCCGAGAGCGCGCACAUCCAGCGGGCACAGAUGGCCGCCCUGGCCGCCAUGCGCGCGGCCGCCGCCGGCCUCAGCCACUCGCCCAGCCCGGGGCUCUCGGACGAGAGCCAGCCCUCUGAGGAGGAGGAGGAGGAAGAGGAGGAGCGCGGAGAGGACGAGGAGGACGGCGGGUACCAGCAGGAGAUGGGCUCUGAGGAGGAGGAAGACCUGAAGGGCAAGUGGGAUGAAGAUGACUUUGAAGAGGACCUGGUUGAGGAGGAAGAGGAAGAAGAGGAGGAGGAAGAGGAAGACUAUGAGGAGGAUGAAGACAUGGGAGAGGAAGGGCUCAGCUCGGCAGGGGCGGUGCGGGCGGGCGCGGGAUCCCUGCUGCUCCGCAAGCCCCCGGCGGCCCAGCACUACCGGGGGGAGCCUCCACGGCUCCCGGGGGGGCAGGACCGGCUGCCCCCCGGCCUGGGCCACACGCAGCCCCCGCCACCGGCACCCGACCACGGUGACUGGACCUACGAGGAGCAGUUCAAGCAGCUCUACGAGUUGGAUGGUGACCCCAGGAGGAAGGAGUUCCUGGAUGACCUCUUCAGCUUCAUGCAGAAGCGAGGGACCCCCGUGAACCGGAUCCCCAUCAUGGCCAAGCAGGUGCUGGACCUGUACAUGCUGUACACGCUGGUGACUGAGAAAGGGGGUCUGGUGGAGGUCAUCAACAAGAAGCUGUGGCGGGAGAUCACCAAGGGGCUGAGCCUGCCCACUUCCAUCACCAGUGCGGCCUUCACCCUGCGCACCCAGUACAUGAAGUACCUGUACCCCUACGAGUGUGAGAAGCGUGGGCUGAGCAACCCCAACGAGCUGCAGGCGGCCAUCGACAGCAACCGGCGGGAGGGCCGGCGGCAGGGCUUCGGCGGCUCCCUCUUCGCCUACUCGCCCAGCGGCACCCAUGGCCUCCUCUCCUCGCCCAAGCUGCCGGUGCCAGCGCUGGGGCUGGCAUCUGCCACCAACGGCGGGGCCAUUGCGCCCGGGCAGAAGAUCAAGAAAGAGGAGGACUCCCCCAUCCCCAUCUCCAUGCCCAGCCGGCUCCCGGUGUCUCUGGCCGGGCACCCUGUGGUGGCCGCGCAGGCGGCGGCGGUUCAGGUGGCCGCGGCCGCUCAGGCGGCGGCGCUGGAGCAGCUGCGGGAGAAGCUGGAGUCGGGAGAGCCCCCGGAGAAGAAGCUGGCGCUGGUGACGGAUGAGCAGCAGCGGCUGAUGCAGCGGGCCCUGCAGCAGAACCUCCUGGCCAUGACGGCCCAGCUGCCCAUGAGCAUCCGCAUCAACAGCCAGGGCACGCGCUCGCCAGAGAACCGCCCGGACGCCGCCACCAGCAGCAGCAACGGCACCAACAGCAUCAGCAUGUCGGUGGAGAUCAACGGGAUCGUCUACACGGGUGUGCUGUUCGCCCAGACGCCCGGCCCUUCCUCCUCCUCUUCCUCCUCCUCCUCCUCUGCCUACAGCAAAGGCAACAGCGGCGGCAGCCGGAGCAGCGGCAGCGGCGGCAGCGGGGUGGGAAGCGGGAGUGGGAACGUGCCCCCCACCACGGCCAGCCUGGCUGUGCCCCCCAGCUCUACCUCCAACAGCGCUUCGCCUUAACACCCCGGAGCCCCGGAGCCGGCCGGGGGCUCACCGGGGUCCCAGCAGGUCUCACGGGGGUCUCGCUCGAGGCCCUGCCGGGGUCUCAAUGGGAUUUCACUGGGAUCUCACCAGGUUUUCACUGGGACCUCACCAGGGUCUCACUGGGGUCUCGCCCGAGGUCUUGCCAGGGUUUCUCUGGGGUCUCAUCGGGGUCUCACCAGACCCUGCCCUUGUUCCCGUGUUGUUGGAUUUUCCUUUUCCAGGCAGAAAAGCUUUAGCCCGGGGGGUUUUGCCGGAGCCGCCGGCUGUCCGGCUGCGCCGCUCCGGGACCGUUUACCUCACUCACAUCACACUUUGCACUGUACAUUUAUUAAUAUUAUUAUUAUAAUUAUUAUUAUUUUUUAACUCGUGUUACCUCCAGACAGACGCACGGACGCCUGCUGACGCGAGCGCUAGCGAAACCCCCCGGAAUUCUAAAGGAUAAAAACCCAAGAAUCCUAAAAAAAAUUGGAAAUAGGGAGAUAUUUUAUUCAUUUCCAUCCUUUUCCCUCCUUUUUUUUUUUGGGAACUCCACUCUGCAGGAUUUUAAGAGGUUGUUUUUGAUUGUUUUGUUGUAAAUAGCUUCUAUUUUAUUCUCUAAAC